GAGCAUGUCCUUCUAAGUCAGUGGUUAUCAUCCGUUAUGUAAUUAGCGGUCAGUUGAGAACCAAGCAUUGAACAUAUCGAAUAUGGAACGUUUGGCAUUCCGCGGCAAAGUUCGCUCGCUACUUUGAUAUUCAUCUUCGGCGACAACAACGGCAGGCAAAAUGUCUAAGGCUCAUAGUCCGACUCGAUUCAAUGGCGAGGCGGACAGCUUCUACGACUCGAACUUCACCCUGGAUAUCAACAAACGAAUGAGGGUACCCAAGAGCAUAAGAGUCAGCGGUGAUUACACCGACGAGAAUGUUGCUGGCACAAAUGGAUCCAGCUGGAAUCAGAUGCUGGCGAACGAGAAAUUCGAGAUGCAUGUACCAGACAGGAUCCUCGUUGCUGGGCAGGAUCAGCACGUAGGCACAAAGGCACCACCUAGAGAAAUUAUUUUGGAAAAUUCAGUUAUGCCGCCAGAGCCAGGCAUGAUCAGAGUUCAGACUCCGCCCCGCGUUUUGACAUUGGACGAUCACUUUUUCCCUGCCGUCGACGAAGAGGAUCCAAAUGAAUUUACAAACGAGAAUACAGAGACGCCAUCUACCGUCUCUAGGUCUCGAGGCCGAUACAAUAACGACAAUCAAAUUGUCAGGCAAGUUAGGGAACAAACGCCGUCAUACAAUUCAUUGGAUGUCUCGUUACCGCCGUCGGAAGAAAUACAGCACCUCCGGCGUCAGGUCGGAAAGUUGACUCGACGCAUUUUAGCAGUUGAAGUUGAAUCGCAACAACGUCAACAACGGGACAAAAUACUAUACGCCGUUGCGUUGUCGUACUUCUUCCUAAAAACAUUUUUCUGGCUGAGUAGGAACUAAGUUUUACGUUAUGUAUGAUAAGGAAAAUUAAUCUUAUUACAUGAAAUACCAGUCUAAGGUCUACUAGAGUCUUUUAUGUGUUUAUGAUUUUGGAUGCAAAGAUACAGACCAAAGAUCUGACGUGGUAUGACAGAGAAUGAACUAAAAAAACUACAAUCUCUCAGCUUUUUGGAAGUGAGCAGAAAA